AUCUUGUCGGAAGAUGCGCUUCUUAUCAUUAUGUCUGUCUAAUUAAUUGUUAUUCUCUGGGAUACCUAUUAUGAAUAGAAAUGAAGAUUGAGAAUUAUCUAGUUAUUUAGCAUCUUGAUAUUGUGUAGGUACUGAAAAUAUAGAACUCAAUUAAUGGCAGGCUAUCUAAUAUUUUCAACAGCAGAGAGCAUAAGUAAAUAGGUACAAUAGUGUGCGGUCUUUGUUGAGCGAUCUCUGUCAUUUGUUAUUUAUUUUGAUCCUCAUUAUUGCACAACGCUUACUGCAUGACUAAACGAAUGACAUCAUCAAAUCAUCAACUGGUAACUAUUCUUUCUCAUCGAUAAACUGUAGCUACAAUACCAAACUUGAAGAUAGUAAAAAUGCAUGAAGAAAAGACUGGAGGUGUUGACUUUAGAGGGAAAAAGCUAUCAUAUUUUUUAUGAGAGUACACAUGAAGGGCCUGCAAUAAAUGUAUUUGUAUGAGAACUCCUUAAUACAAAACUCUUUAGCUGAAUUUCCCAAUUUUUUUGUCACAAACUUACGUCCCUCAGCUGAGGCGGGAAACAAAUGACGGAAACUGUCAUUUUCAAUUCGUAAAAAACGUAAAUUUUAUCAAUCAUGUACACAGAUGAUAAUUCUGAUAAAGAGAGUGAGUUUGAAGACAGAAGCCCAGAAGACAGUCCAAAUAUUACAAAAAAAUCUUUAUCCACUGUUGGAUUUAGGAAUAAUCCCGAAAACCAAAAUGCGAGGCCACUCGCGCUGCGUGCGACGCAGUCCUUCACCGGGGCUGUCGAGGAGCUUCGGUUAUGUGGUAACUUCCAAAGAAUCAAUCUUUGCAACAGGAUGAAUGUCAUGUCGGCACCCAAGAUAGCAACGGUAUGUCCAUGUGGAUGCCUCUUGAGACCGGCAACGACGGGCCCUUUCAGGACGAGAGAACAGAACACACUGGCGCUGCACGUCGUCUCCCCCGAGGUGCUGAGCUACCACGGCUAUUGUUUCGAACCUUGCCAAAUUGCUAUGUUUUGGAAAAAAGACUGCAGAAUGUUCCUCUGGAAGGGAAAGGCCAAGAUGAAAAACGUAAUUCACGCAGAUUCGUACAGAAAAUGAUAAAAGAUACUUAUGAAUAUUUUUGUAGUGAUAAAGCUUUAUCAACCAUGUUUUUAUAUUUGAAUACAUGAAAUUUAAAGAGUAUUAA